UUUUUAUGUAACACCUGCUAACAGCAGCUUGAUUCCGUCCAUUGGAAAAGAUCGUGAUAGAGAGAGGCUUGUCACAAACUAACGGCGUCACAUUUUAAUUCUUACAUUACAGUAAUUUGUCACUGGGGAUGUUCUAGGUAUUAUUAAUAUCAUGCGUUUGAUUUAACCCCGGCCAGAAAGCUAAUGGAGCGGUUAUUUUGCUAAAAAAAAAAAAAAGCUAACCGACGGUUACUUUAACGGUGCGUCUGUCAAAUCAGUCCUUCCCCUGACCACACCGCGUUUUGAGCUGUGUUUCAAACAUCAUAAAGAGGACGACGCGCAGGAAACAUGACGAGUUUUGCCAGUACGGUGUUUUGCAGGGUCGAGAGGCUGUGUCACCACCUCCCCGUGGCCCUCAACACCUUCCUGGUCUUCUCCAUCACCGGGGAGGUGAGCUAUCUGGUCCUGGUCGAGGCUCCGCUGGAGGCCGACCAGAAGAAGACGCAGUGGUCCGCCUGGUGGAAGGUGGUCCAUUUACUGGCCCAGUACUUCAUGCUGGGAAACAUCUGCUGGAACGCAAUGCUCUUCCUCAGAACCAGCCCCAGCAUCAGGGGGGUUUUCCUGGGAGGAGAGGGCGUGGGCCAGGGGUGGCGGUACUGUUAUACAUGCGAGACACACACUCCUCCUCGCUGCUCCCACUGCUAUGACUGCAAAGUGUGUGUGCUGCGGCGGGAUCACCACUGCGUCUUUUUUGGCCAGUGUGUGGGCUUCCUUAACUACCGCUACUUCCUGUGCUGCUUGUUGUUUAUGUGGUCUGGGCUCCUGUAUGCCACGCUGAUGAACGCAGAGGUCUUCAUUGUCAUAUUGAAGGAGGGGGUGACUGUGCACAGUGUCCUGCUGCUGCUCAUACCCUGGAUCAUGCUUGUGUCAGGCCAGGUCUCAGCGCGUGCUUUUGCCUUCGCCUUCAUCGCUGACACAUGUGUGGUGGGCUUCCUGCUGGUGUCCGCCUUCUUUUUCUUCCAUCUCUUCCUGAUGUUCCGGGGACAGACCACCAGGGAGUGGUACUCGUCCCGCCGACCCUACAGCCUGGGACUCCUGGGCAACCUGGGUCACGCCCUAGGCCUUCGCUGGUACCUCUGCUGGCUCUGCCCACUCAUCCCAUCGCCUUUACCUGGAGAUGGGAUAAACUUCCAGGUCACAGGAUCACUGGAACCCACCCGGUAACAGCUAAAAAGUCUGAAUAUUAAAAUGCCAUUUGUCUUUACUCUAGUGGGGAUGGUUAAUGCUAUCGGGGAGCAUCAGCAGGGAAGAUCACCUCAGUUCAAGACGAGAUAUCUUGGGAUGGGAAGAAGCUAGAAUAGUGUGUGGUUGUCAAAUAUGUGACUGGGUAUAACUGUCUACCAGUAUCUUCUCUGUAUCUUUUACCUGUGCUGAGACAAAGAAAUUAUGGGUUUACUUUGGAAGGCACAUUGACCCCGACCUAAAAGUAACCUGUACACUCAUUGAGGCUGUGCCUCAGAAUAUUAACGCAGAAAUUAGCAGUGUUCCUUUGGAAUACUGAGCACAGAAAAUGUAUGUAAACAACACUGAAAGGAGAAUGUAUUUUAUUGAUUGUGCAAAAUAAUUUUAAAUUCACAUUAAGAGGCACCAGCAGUUCCUGGCUAUAACUCCUGGGUAGUCAUCCUCCAGGAAUUCAUGACUACUCACCUGCCCCCUCUCCUACAGUUAAACUGCCUAAAUCUGAAGGUUGAACAAAUUUGGCCUGCACUCUUCCUGAAUAGAGUAUAGAAUAUAGACUAUAAAAAAAAACACCAUCAUUAGCCUCCUAUCUGGUGUUGAGCGUUCGCUGCCAUGAUCAUGAUGUGCGUAUGCUUUCCACUCCCGAGCUGGGUUUAUUACACUGAACUUUUUUACAGGAUAUUUUUGCGCCACAUGUGGCAAUGAGAGCAAUGACAGGGAGUUCAUAAUGAUGUCUUUAACAUCUACAAGACUACGAAUGUGCAAGAAAACAAUCAACAGUAAUUGUAUAUGGUAUGAAAUUUUGUUGCAGUUUACACACUAAUGUAAAGUCAUUUAGUAAAUGCAGUAUUUAAAAUCUAUCUAUGGAUGUCAUGUGAACCGUCUUUCUCCAUGUUUCACAUCACACUGCUCCUGUUUUAGUCAGUCAGGGACUAUUGCAAACCAAACCUACACUAUAAAAUGCUAUAGUCUUUUUUUCGUUGUUGUUGUUGUUGUUUUGUUUAUGUUCCUGGAGACGUUUCACCUGACUGUUUUGAGUAUAUGUUAUUUUGUCAGUUUUCUGGUGUGAACACACUGCACACUCAAAACCUGCUCCGAUUUAGUAAAUAAUAUGGAUUAGGGACACAGCUAACAUAUCUUACAGCCCUCGAUGCCAACUCAAUUUCCGAUGCCUCGUUACGACAGCCCCCAGCACCCCACCCACCGCACUUUUGCACCUUUGCUGUAUGUAAAUUUAAUUAUCCUGGCCUUAAAAUGUAGUGAAAAAUCGAAAGCCUUUGUUUUGACAGGUGCUCUUACUUGUCCUACACUAAAAUUUCAUUACAACCAAAAAUAUUGUUUGUAAGUAUUGUUAGUUGUUUUACUAAAUGUAUUUGUCUGCUUAAUUUCUUUUUUUUCUGCCAUUUCAUAUGGGUCACACCAUUUUUGGUUUUGCCAUCUAAAGUGAUAAAAUAAAUUGUGUCAAGGGAGGUAAGGAACUGUUGAAAAAUGUUUAAUGUUAUUAUUUUGCAUUUUGUACUCUGAAAAUUGAUGUGGUGUAAAUUGUGUUGUAAUAAUUAAAUUUUGGUCUGGAAAUUG